UCGAAGACUGAAAUGACAGCACACUGCAGCUUCUCUCUCUUUCCCUCACACACACGCACACACACACUAUGCACACUUACUCGCUUUCUCUCUACAAAAGUGACGCACCUUAACUCAGACUUGAAGAGCUCUAGUUUGAGAAGUUUGUAUGCUCGGUCGCCGCGAUUCUUGAGCUAUUCGAAAUAACACGUAAUCGGUAUCGGUAAUCGUAAAUGUAUUCUACGAUUUUUCAUUCGUCAUCUGCGAAAUUGAUUCUUUAACCUUCCGUGUUAUCCAUCAUCGGUCACUUGAUCCCGAGACCUGGUGCAAUUGAAUCAAUGAGCAUUAACGAGUAUCUACGUUGUAAAUUUGAUAUUCGAAUCACAGAAAGUUGUCUUGUCACACUUUCUCACACUUUCCAUGUGAGAAGUAUUUCCUCAGGCUGAGGAUGAAGAGAUCGCCAGGAAAGGAGUUUUAGAAAGGCCCAAGCGGUGACUGACAGUGAUUGCGAACCGCCUCCGUCGUCACAUUGUGGGCAUAUGUCAUACACUUAUUCCGUGUUUCGCACACGGAAGACACGAAAGUCUACAACAAACAGCAGGGUCAAAGAACACCCAUGGCGCGCUCAGUGACGCGACGGAGUAGAGUGUCCAAGGGAGGGGGAUCAACCAGUGGAUGACAGUGCGUAUUAUUGUAAAUCCGACGACGAGGUGACGACGGCGACGAGGUAAGAUUUGGAACAGUCAGCGCUGCAUUGGCUACCCGCAGCCAAGUGGUUAGACGUGGUACUUGUGCUACGCAACUAACCCUAACCUAACCGAACCCGGCGGACCUGGUGAGUCCAGCGGUGCGAUGUUUUUAGACAAUAUUGGCGGCCGAGCGCACCAAUAAGCAUACCCAAGAUAAGCCAGCAAAAUCCUCCGGGAUGGCGACUGGCAAGCGACGUAACAUCCACACGACGGCCGGGAGUGCCGCGGUCAGCAGCGGCAUUCGUUCGAAUCGAAUGAACUUCCGACCGAACUCCACGCAGGAGGAUCGCGGCGGCACCCGGCCUACCGCGGGGCCCAGCUCCAUUGGCCUAAUUCUCGUCACCAUGUUGUUGCAUGUAUGCAAGAAGUCCCUCCUGUUCGACACGCGGCUGAAGGUAGCCAUCUACUGCGGCAUCAUCUUCGUGGUGUCGCUGAUCGCGGACUUUGUUGUGAUGCCGCGUACGUAUUUCUCUCGGUCAGACAACGCGCUGAAUCAGUACUUCGUCAAGUGGGGCUGGGGCUGGCUGCUGUCCGUGAUGGUGCCGUGGAUCGUGCUGACGGCGCACACGAUAGGCUGCGGCCGCAGACCGAUCCUGCUGCGUCACCUGGGCCGCGCGGUCCUCGCGACCGUCGCCUGGCUCGCUUGGACCAAGCUGUUCAACUACGUCGAGACCAACUACGGCAGGUGUCUGAACACGCGCGACAUUCAGCUGCAGUCAAAGGCCAGGUGUCUGCAGUCGGGUAGAUUCUGGAGCGGCCUUGACAUAUCCGGCCAUACGUUCAUCUUGAUAUAUUCCAGCCUGAUACUAGCUGAGGAGGGUUCCUCGCUAGUCGGCUGGGAGGGCAUCAAGGAUCUGGUGAUGCGCGAGGAGCACACGCGCGCCACGCCGAAUGAGACGAGCACUGGGCCGCUCCGUAACAUUUCCAACAAUGACCUCAAGUUCCUCAAGAAGGCGCAUCGGGCGCUCACGCCGUACCUACGUGGCCUCUUCGUGGCGAUGACGAUGCAGCAGCUGCUCUGGGACAUCAUGCUGGUGUCGACGGUGCUCUACUAUCACAUCAUGAUAGAGAAGUUCCUCGGCGGCGCGGCGGCCGUGCUUACGUGGUACGUCACGUACCAAUGGUGGUUCAAGCUGCCGAAGAACGGCCUGCCCGCGCCCGGCGAUGGUCUCUUCAAAUACAACGAGACGAAGAUCAACCCGGAAGUCAGCGCUGCCAGGACGAGACGCAGCACUUUGAACGGCACCAAUCAAGUGCCAAAGUUUAUGGGCAUGCCUAUCAGAACGACAACGCAAGAAACUGCCGCCGCUGCUACCCCCGAGCCGAAUCCAUCGAACAGGCAGGCGGACCUCGACGUGUCCACUUCAAGAUUGUAAAACUAUCGAAUAGUGCUCAAAUGCUCGAGCAAUUGCGCGCGGAUGCGGUUCGUACCAACGCAGUGACCGAAUAUUCGGAUUAAUUCAGGUUUAUGGCAACAUCGACGCCUGAUUAUUGAGCUUGAUGAUGCAUCUAGUCGUGUGUUUCGUGGAACUUUCACGUGUAAUCAAUGAAUUUAAUUAAGACUAACUUCGUUUCGGACGCUUUCGUUCGGUCUUUGUUCGAUAUGUAAUAAGUAAUAAGAAGAAGAAGAUGCUUUCAGCACAAAAACAUCCAAAACAAACUCAGCUUGGGAGUACACAUAAAUGUGUAGUCCUUUAACCUGUUCUGAGACCGUCUUUUGCAUCGAUUAAGGAUGGUACAGCGUUAGUACAAUUUUAUAGUAUGGUGAAAAUACGAAAUGUCCGGACACGCUUUAUCUAAUCCUGGACAUUCUUUUUGUUUUGAUCCUCACGAAUAUUUAAACUGUUAACAUAAAGCAUGUAUUGAAUGUGUACAUUCAAUGAGUCUAUUCUAUUGCAAGUUUAAAUAUUCGUAUUUGAAGGACAAAACAAGAAUGCCUACAGAUUCAGCACGUGUUCGGGAAUUACUGGUAUUUUCAUCUUACAAUUUUUUACAUUUAUACAAAUAAACCAGUGGCAUAACCAGGGGGGAGAUUGAGGGGGCUGCAGCCCCCCCCCCCCUGAAGUUGAUUUUCUGGGUUACGCUAAGUGUGAGAGAAAUUUUUUUGAAUGAUCUUUUUUUUUUUGCUCGUCAAAAAUAAAAAGUACAGUUUCCCCCCAAAACUUUUUUUCUGGCUACGCCACUGAAAUAAAUCUUACAAAAUGUCGAGAUAUUUAAUCUUCAAGCGAUUGGACGUUCGUUUUAUGUACAGCAUUAUACUUAAAUGAGUAUCCGAAUAUUCGAUCCACAUGUUGAGUACGAAAAUCGAUUCGGAUGUAUGAGUGACGUAGGGUACAGUUUCAUCCGAGGACUGCUUAAUAUAUACGACAUACACACAGAUGCCUUCCUCGUAUUUUCGCGUGUAAAUAAAAUUCGGACUUUGUGCGACGUAUACGUGUGUAUUCUUUGAAAUAUCGUUGGUUUGCAGGUAAUAUUAAGAUUACCUAAACCAAAAACAGAAAAUUAAACCAGAAUCUGAUCGAGCCUCGUUUUCUCAAGAUGUUUGUAAUUCGUAAGAAACAACAAUACGUGCCUGUCUUAUGUUUCUUGGCACCUCCGUAUGGAUUGUUAUGAAAAGACACGUUACUUAAUUUAUUUAGCAUUGGAGUCGGUAUUUUCGGUAACACACUCUUGUGGAUACUUUGUUUUGUAACUUAUAUUUAAUAAAGUCUGUCGUUUAACAAA